CAAAACCCUAGAUUUAUCGGGCUCUAUUCUCUUCCCCUGCCUCCAUUUCUUUCCACCCCCGGCAGAAAAACCCUAGAGCAGAGUUCCCCUUCCGCACCAAAAAAACCUAACAAUGCCGCCGAAGUUCGAUCCCACGCAGGUUGUUGAAGUCUUCGUCCGGGUAACUGGAGGCGAAGUCGGAGCCGCCAGUUCUCUCGCUCCCAAGAUCGGUCCACUCGGUCUCUCCCCAAAGAAAAUCGGUGAAGACAUCGCCAAAGAGACGGCUAAGGACUGGAAGGGUCUCCGUGUGACCGUCAAGCUCACUGUUCAAAAUCGUCAAGCCAAGGUUUCCGUCGUCCCAUCUGCGGCGGCGCUGGUCAUCAAAGCCUUGAAAGAGCCUGAGAGGGACCGUAAGAAGGUCAAGAACAUCAAGCAUUCUGGGAACAUCUCGCUAGACGAUGUGAUCGAGAUUGCCAAAGUCAUGAGGCCUAGGUCGAUGGCGAAGGAUUUGACAGGUACUGUGAAGGAGAUUUUGGGAACUUGCGUCUCUGUAGGAUGCACUGUGGAUGGGAAGGAUCCAAAGGAUUUGCAACAGGAGAUUGCUGAUGGUGAUGUAGAAAUCCCCCAGGAUUGAAUGAUUGAUUUUGUCAAUUUUCAAUUCAUUUUUGGAGGUGGUUAUUUACAUUGAACUUCUGUCUUAAGUGUUUUUAUGUAGCCCUUUUAAAACUGUUAAGGUUGUCUUGAAUGGGAUUUUUUGUUGGGUUAAGCUCCGAGAGUGAUAGAAUGAUCAGUCGUUCAAAAACAUGAGAAUAUUGAUAUAUUGUAGUUUUAAAUAUCGAUAUAUUUCUUGCAGUUA